AUGCCGGUGAAAUGGUGAGUCCAACGGUGGUGGUGGUGGUGGUGUUAUACUCUUGAUUUUAUCUCAUAUUUCUGCUGAUCUGUUGUCUGGCUUCCUCCGGGCUGUGGCGGAUGGCCUAGGGUUUUGCCGUGGCAGCCGAACCCUGGGAUGACAGUGAACAGCCAGAUCCUCUCUGAGGUGUCUCAGUGCGCGGAGAGCCUCGGCGGGGUGAAGGGGGGGCGGUGGAAGUCGACGCUGACCUUCUACCGGCCCAUGGUGAGGGACCUGACGGUCCCUACGGACUGCCCCAAGGACUUCCUCGGCCUGGCCCUGCAGGACCGUCCGGACCGGUACUACUUCAUCGUCCGCGGCCGGAUCGUCGUGGAGGCCGAUUCCGCCAUGCUCGCCAUCAUGGACAAGCUCCAGUCCUACAAAGCCCGCGUCUCCCUCAAUUUCGAGGUCUGCGACAAUUUCUAGGUCCCAGAAGGUGUCAACACGAUUUAACUUUUCUUCACAGAUUUGAAGCUCAUCUUCUUACCAUGUUUUUUUUUUCUUUAUGUCCGUGAAGGGAUUACAGUACCAGGUCGGCGAUUUCCUGCUGCGGGUGGGGAAGGUCAUCCCGGCCAACUCGGAGAACCUGAGAGGAAUCAUGAUGGAGGUGAGAUGGCAUCGUCUUUAUCCUCUGAUUUCCUUGUUUCCUUCACCUUCACCAAUAUGUCGAACUUAGAGCAAAAAAUAAAAAAACUGUAGAUCAAAUGUGCUGCCGUUUGCUGUGGUUUGCUCUGGUAGAUCAGCUGUUUCCACUCGUUGCCACACAGUGUUGAUCCGCAGACGUUUUGAAAACAGAUGCUUGAAGGAAUUUACCUGCCUUAACGAUUGUUCUACAGAUGAACACAUUCAAUGAAUGCCAUGCUUUGAUUAUAAAAGUAAAACGUCGACCCAUGAUGCGGAUUGACAUCGUCGUCCUUUUACUACCAGUUCAUCAUAUUUUAUUUUGAGUUCUCUCUCUCUCUCUCUCUCUCUCUCUCGCUCUCGAUUCUCUUGAGUAUUGUUAAGAAUGGACGUAAAUAGUCAAUCAGAUCUGAUCAGAGAGAAGAUCGGCAGCCAUUUACCUAUUGGGCAUGCUGAUUGCCGAGAAACAAAACCCACGAGGCUGCUGAUUCUGGAUGGCCUCCCCAAUUCUCUUUCAAAUCUUUGAAGGUUUAAUCAGCCUAUCCAUCUGCCCGCAAGUAGAAACUAUCAACUGGGUUGGAUUCUGAACUCUGAAUUCGGACAAAACCUAUCAAACUCUGAAGAUUGAGACUUUCUCCAAAACCUUAGAGAUUUCGCUCAUCAUUCCUCCUGUCUGGGCUCACUCUGAAUCUGAAUAGCAGGUAAUCACCAAGCUCCACUGCCUAAUCAAACUUUGAAGAUCUAAUAAACAAAAUCUUCAUGUCUGAAUGUAGAAACUAUCAAUUGGGUUUAGUAAAAAAAUUUAAGAUCGAACUUUAUCCGAGCAUUUGAUGUUCUAAUAAUAAUAAUAAUAAUAGUAAUAAUCCUGUCUGAAGGUUGAAUCUGAGUGUUGAGUCCAGGGUUCUGACAGCCCUGGGCGGGCUUCUUGCUUGCCUCAGGUUGAGUACCUCCCAAUUUCCUCAUUGGAGACGUCUAGGCAGAUCAUGGAUGACUUUGUUGACCUCUGGCGGGAGGCUCUCUCAAGGCGGUCCCUCCCGGGCCAUUUCCUGCACCUGGAGCCCAACUUUGCCGAGUAUGGCCUCUCCAACAACUACUCCCCCCAGCACACCACCGUCCAGUAUGCCGCUGUCGUAGCCCAGCUCAUCGCCACAAUCCGGAGCUAG